AUGGCAGAAGCCCAAAUAUGCCAAAUUACUGGUCUCGAUCCAGAAACAGCACGCCAAUAUCUCCAGAUGGCAAAUGGAGAUGUUGCACGCGCCAUUGACUUAUAUUUUUCAGGCGCUGAUGUCCGAAAACCAGCUGCCCAAAGAGCAGGCCCACAGCACGGUUCCGGUCCACGUAGUGGUUCUAAGGCUCCUCCGAAAAAGGAUGCAGCAAGUAUUGUUGACAACAUUUUCAACAAUGCUCAGAAACCUCAAGGAGGAAACCCAGAUGAAGACGAAGAAGGCGUCGAUAAGCACAAAAUUACAUUCUACAAGAAUGGUUUCAUUGUUGAUGAUGGCGAAUUUCGUCCAAAUGAUGAUCCAGCAAACGCUGAGUUCCUCGCAGCUGUUGAGAAAGGUCAAGUCCCUCGUGAAUUGAUGAAUGGCCGCCAAGCUGUCGAUGUCGAAGUCGAUGAUCAGCGUGAAAAAGAUUUCAAGGCUCCACCAAAGCCAUUUAAUCCAUUCCAAGGCAAGGGAUAUUCCAUUGGCGAUGGUACAGCUAGACCAGCACCAGCUGCAAUGCCAGCAGCUGCUCCAGCAGGAAAUCAAUCGAAGAGUUUCGCUUCUGGUGGCGAACCAACAACAAAACUUCGCGUCCUUCUUCCAGAUAGAUCGGUUCUUACACUUACUGUUAACCUUUCUGCUACAAUUGGAGAUGUUAAGAAUUAUAUCUCUCAAUUGAGCCCACAACACAGACCAUCCACAUUAAAAUUACGCGUUGCAGUUCCACCAAGAGAACUCAAUGAUAAUUCUGCAACAGUUCAAUCUGAAAGCUUAAAGAUGGCUCAGAUCCAAGUUUUGUAA